ACGUUUACAGGUCAGGCUUGGAUCAGGGAUUCAGACACGACGCGCCAGUGUCUCCACCGAUACAGAACCUGUCACUUUGUGGUGUUGCAGAAUUGUUUACUUCCAGCAGAGGGCAGCAGAGAGUGCGCAUGCGUGCUUUUCCUGCGGUGGUCUGAUUGAAUAGCGCAUGUCAGUAAUACCACACACACACACACACAUAUACCGUGGAAAGGAGUUCAGUGUGUCGAGAGGAAGGGGCUGCGAGGGCGUGAGAUCUAAAACGAAGGACUGGAUUUUGUGUCUUUAAUGUCCUCGGGUUCCCCGGCGCCUCAAACGAAGCCAGCGCAUUCCGCAGGGAAAGGCAUUUAGAAAAGGGGAACUCAUCUUCCUGCACGACAUGUUUUUAGUAAUAAGCUGUGCUGUCUGUAAGCUGUUCGGAGUCAACGCUAGACCAACCCCUAAGAGCUUUUGACUUUUGACAGAAGCAGCCAUCUGUAUGAAGUCGGGCCUGUAGUAGGAACUGUAAUUUUCGGACUCCCUGUUGAAGAACAGCAUGACGCAGCGGUGGCCGCAGUAAGGGUGAGUGAAAGUAGCGCCAUGGGAUCACAAGCAGAGGAAGCGCGGCGCUUCCUGGACUCGUUUAUCAAGGAGUUCCCGACCCCGCUGGGACCCGAGGCCCCCCUGCCCCUGAGGCCCCUGAGCAGCGCUGUGAGCCGGGAGGAGGUGCAGGGGGAGAGCCUGGAGCUGGGGCUGAGGUUACUGCAGGACAGAAACGCUCCCCAGCUCCUCAGCGUGGCCCUGACCAGAGCUGCUGUGAGCGAGAUCCUGCAGUCUGACCUCUCCGCUUUUCACAAGAAGCAGGACUCGGAGGAGGAGGCUGUCUUGCUGGAGUCCGAUCCCCUGCAGCGGUUCUUCUUCAACAGGCUGCGGGAGCUGUGCUGUGCCUGGCUGGAGGAGCCGCCCCCCCAGCAGCCUGGAACGCGACGCUUCUUGCAGACCUCGGCCCAUGCCAUCAGAAACACGCGGAGGAAGAUGGAGGACCGGCACGUCGCCAUUGCAGAGUUCAACCAGCUCUGUGGAUUAGAGGACCAGACGGAGCGAGGGUACUUCGCUGUGUUUGACGGUCACGGAGGCGUGGACGCAGCGGUGUACGCAGCGACGCACCUCCACAUCAACCUCGCCCAGCAGGGGGAGCUCCUGAGCAGCCCCGGAGAGGCCCUGAAGAAAUCCUUCAGGCAGACGGACGACAUGUUUCUGCAGAAAGCAAAGAGAGAGCGGCUGCGCAGUGGCAGUACAGGAGUGGCCGCUCUGCUCAGCGGGGACUGGCUGCACGUCGCCUGGCUUGGAGACUCGCAGGUCAUGCUGGUGAGACAGGGGCAGGUCGUUUCCCUGAUGGAGCCCCACAAGCCAGAGCGUGAGGACGAGAAGGAGCGGAUUGAGGCUCUGGGGGGCUGCGUCGCAUUCAUGGGGUGCUGGAGAGUGAACGGCACCAUCGCGGUCUCGAGAGCAAUCGGAGACAUUGACCAGAAGCCCUACAUCUCGGGCGAUGCCGACGGCGCCUCCUUCCAGCUCCACGGCUCCGAGGAUUACCUGCUUUUGGCCUGCGACGGCUUCUUCGACACAGUGAGGCCCCUGGAGGCAGUGGGGACGGUUCUGGAGCACCUGCGGGAGAGCCAGGGGGAGGGCAGCGGGGUGGCAGAGAGGCUCGUCUCCCAGGCCAAGAGCAACGGCUCCAGCGACAACAUCACAGUCCUGGUGGUGUUUUUGAAGGAGCCCGGGAAGCUGCUGAGCGAGGCAGGAGAGAGCCCAGCCCCUUCGUAGGCUGUACCCCCCCACGCCCCUCUCAAUGAGACCCUGAAACUGAGGCUGCUGGCCAGGGAUCUCCAGUCACAGGGACCUGUUUGUUUCAGGGGGGUUUCUCAGAUUUUGCGUAACUGACGUCAGAACAGAAAUUAGCACUCGCCCACUAUUUAUUUUACCCGUGGCAUUGCACAAGACGUAGUGCUUUACAAGGACUGCUCCCUUGUUACAGAUUUCUAAAGAAUGCAUAUUGCAGUGCUCAGGGUCUGGAUGUGUUGUGUGUGUUUUACAAGGAUUUUUUUUUUUUUUUUAAAGCUAUCUUUGAGACGUUAUGAUUUUAAAGAGUUCUGUCGCUGUCUGUUACUUAUUAACUACUAACAGUUACAGUCUCAAAAGCUUUGAGUGCACAGGAACGUUUCAUAUGAGAAAAGUGGUACAGUAGGACAAGCUGUGAGCUAGACUAGCUUCAGGCUACACUGAUAUAGAUUGGCUUCAGGCUGUAGAGACAGUAAAUACAAUUCCAAACCACUAACAGUAUUCGGAAACAGACUUCUCUCUUUCCAGCUUCCACAGUCUCAGGGAGGGAUGGGCAUCAAUAAACAGUGUUAUGUAAGAUGAGAUAAGCUUUCCUGAAGGGAACCCAGUGCAGUACUGACACUUGGUUAGACCUGUGGAUUCUACAAGACCUAUUGCUGCGCUUCCAUUAUCUUGUGGCUCUCUGCACCUGAACCCAAAGACACAGACUUUGCUGUGAGCGGCUCGCAGGUUUUGCGGUUUCAGGUGUAGGAGUGAACACAGAAUUGAAAGCUCUUUUAUGAUUUGCAACAAGAAUCAUAAAUUUAAAAAGGUAGGUAGUGGUUAAUUCUUUCUGGAAGUCGGGAACGAGAUUUGAGAAUCAAAGCAGAGAGGCUCAAGGAAAAUCCUGGCUGCUGGCGGAAUAAUUAAUAACUCGUUGUAACUUGAUCACUGCCCUCUUACUGCAGUUUCAUUCUUGAAAUUGUUGGUCCUGAAUUCCAGCAGUAUCGACAUUCGAGAGGUGAAUUAUCUGAUUCGAAUGAUGCUUUUAGCUCUUCAUUGCAAAGAGUUAGCUGUUCAGAGCGGUGGGGUUCAGCUCCACCCUUGUUUGGAUUAUCAUAUAUAUAUAUAUAUAUAUAUAUAAUGUAUGUGUGUAAUUCUUUAUAAUAAUGCUUGCUUAACCUUUUUACAUGAUAUGUUUUUUUUUAUUAUUAUAUAUUGCCUUCUAUCAAAAAUGCAACAAAAUGUGUUUUAUCAAGCCUAUAUCAGUAACAUACUUUUUAUUUUUUAUAUCUAUAUUUAAAGGGUAGUAUAUAAUUUAAUUUUAUUUUAACCUAUCUACCUAUGUAUCUCUAUGUAUCUAUGUAUAUAUACAGUAUAUACACACACAUCUAUAUAUAACAUUAAGUCAAGUAUCAACUGAUUGUGUUACAAUCCAUUUAAAUACAGGUUUCCUUUCAGUGCCUUAAACAUAAAGUAAUUGUAUUCAUGUUACAUGUGUUCUGUGUAUUCAGUACGUACUGCUUGUGUCGGGUAAGACUCUAGUGCACAAUGGAAACUAGAAUGAUGAACUGGUUCUGUGUUUAAAUGUUUUUAAUUGUAUUGAAGUAUAUUUUGUAACAUUGUAUUUAUACACCCUUUAGUAUUAGUUAUCAAUGUAAAGACGUGGUUUGGCAGAGUACUGUUUGUAGGAUGCAGUCCUCUCCCUAGAGACAAACGUGAUCAUAUCACAUGUCUGAUUCUGACAUUCUUGGAUUAACUUUUAAAAUGUUUUUUAUUUUGUACUUCCAGUUUAGUAUCUGAAAGAUACAGGAAACGUUUUAACAUUUUUACAUUUCUAACUAAAAAAAAAAAAACUAAACAAAAAACUGCCAAGUUGCAGCAGCCUGCCUUGCCUAUACCAGUGAAAGUGUUGCUUGUGAAUGCUCUAUUAAAGGGUUCUUUACACAG